AUGGCCAUGGUUACGGCAAGAAAGUUGAAUCUCGAAACACUCUCGAAUCAGAGUUCUACGGCGCGAUACGUAAGUGCUCUGUGUUUGUUUGCUUCUUGCAGAACGAAGCUCCGAAAUAUGACUCAAGAAGGCCCAUACCCUCCUCCACCUGUUAUGUGGGCCCAAAGGAAAGAUGUUUUGUUUCUUAGUAUCUGUCUAGAAGAUUGCAAGGAUCCUCUUUUUGAAAUUGAUCCGUUGAUGAUACAUUUUAAAGGAAUAGGUGGAACGGAAAAAAAAAUGCAUGAAGUUAGAAUUAACCUGUAUAAAGAAAUUGUUGUAAGCAAAACAGAACAACACUUAACGGGUAGAAUUUUUGAGUUAAUUCUCACUAAAAAAGAAUUGGGACCAUACUGGCCAAGAUUAACAAAAGAGAAGACGAGAGUUCAUUGGUUGAAAAGCGAUUUUAACAAGUGGAAGGAUGAAGAUGAUAGCGACAAUGAGACUUACAUGGGAGGAAAUCAGAAUUUGGAAGAUAUGAUGCGACAGAUGGGUGGCUUAUGUUCAGCGGACAAUAAACCAGACUUCGAUGAUUUAUAUGAUUUAGGAGGAGACGCCGAAGCAAUAGAUAGCGACGACAACGAUUUACCUGAUCUGGUUGAUUGAAAAAAUUUUGACGCUACUUUAAAAUAAUUUUCAUUUAAAAAAAGAAAAAAAUAAAAAAUAAAAAACAAAUGGCGACCUAAGAAUAGUGCACCACCAGGCUAUAUUUCAGUAGGCCGAUGCUAUUUGCAUUUUCUGUUACAAAUAAGUUUUGCAAAUUUGCUGACGGCCCAUGUCGCGGUAGCAAACUAGCAAAUAAGGUGCGCGAAAAACUGUCAAAGUAACAAAAAAAAAAAAAAACAGUACAGUGGUCAACAAAAACGAACAGUAAUAUACUUUUU